AUGGACCCUGUUGAGCACAAUGUACACAAUAUAACAUGGUGGCCAUCACCACGCGCCAGCCUGUCGUGCCUGGUGGCCGAUGGUCAGCGGAGCCAGCCGCGCCGGCCCCCGCCGCCCCUCGCGUCCGAGGACAAGCCACGCACCCAGGACCGACCGCGAAACUUCAUUUGGAGACGAGACAAUGUCGAGAUUAACCCCAAACGGGUCUCUCCAAAUGGCACCCUGGAGGUGUAUCGCAAACAGAAUAACAGCGAGGGUGUGUACCAAUGCCAGGCGUGGCGCCACGGUGGUUACAUCCUCGGGUAUCCAGUGCAUUUGAAGUUUGCUUAUAUUGGAAAGCAGUUCUCGCAACAGCCUGUGAACACGACAGCAAGGAGUGGACAGCCGGUUGUGUUCAACUGCAACAUAAGUUCAGGACCGUCUGCCAUGGUCACCUGGAUGAGGAAUGGAGAACUUCUUCCUGACUACGUAAGCAGAAGAUCAGUGUUUCUGCCAAAUCAAUUGCUAAUCACGGACGUGAGAGUAGAAGACGAAGGCUUGUACUGGUGUACAGCUACUAAUCCGUUGCUGAACAAGACCCGAACGAGCCGCCCUGCCUGGUUACGAGUGGAGACCACGAGGUCUCCUCUACCUGUAUCCCUGCUUCCCGUCUAUCAUGAGGAUUAUAUUGUGAGGUCUCAAGGAGCCACCGUCACGCUGCCCUGUCCCGUACUUGGAUGGCCAAGACCAAAGAUCAACUGGCUGAAAGACGAUCAGAUUAUGUUAGACUCUACUUCCCAGGUUUUGGUUUUAAGGGACAUCGAGAGAGGGCACCAAGGAAAUUAUAAAUGCAUAGUAAAAGAUACUGGUUUUGAUAAGACAUUCAACGUAACAGUCGGCGAACCAGUUAACAUCACCAUCCCCCCCACCCCCAAAGAGGUAGUAAGGGCUACCACAGUGAGGUUCAACUGUACAGCGACAGGAAAUCCUAAACCGACAAUCACGUGGUACAGAGAUGGCAAAGCCUUGCGCAUGGGUGGAAGGUUUAAUCAAAGGUUGUCGCCUAAAGACGACCGCAUGGAGCUGGUUGUCGGUGGUGUCACUUCUGAAGAUGCUGGCAUGUACCAGUGCUUCGCGCGGAACGCGGUAUCGACGGCGUCGUCAUGGGCGCUGCUGCACGUGACGGGCGAGAGUGCGCCGUCGCCGGGCGGCGUGGCGUGCUGGCCCACCGGCGCGCGCUCCGUGCUGGUGCGCUGGGCGCGGCCCGACCGGUACAGCGUCGUCGCCUACACCGUGCAGAGCACCGUCGCAGGCGGCACGUCAUCACCUGGCCAGCCUCAUACCAAUACAAAGGAGAACAUAACCGUUUCCGAACCGCUAACUCCAUACACUUUCCAGGUACGUGCUGUGAUACAGGCCACUACAAAGAAGAAUAUAGCAAGUGAUAUGUCCGAUGGCGUCGUCUGCCAAGGACAAGGAGUACCAAUCCAUAUGUCACGACCGACUGACGAUAAAGUGCAGGUCUCGUGGAGAGACUUCGCCGAGGAGUCACCUGGUAUUGUGCAGUGGAUUCUCCAGCACAGGCAUAAGAACAGCAGCUUAGAAAAUAACAUCACUCUUGACGGGGACGUCACUAGCUACAGUUUAACUGUACCUAAGUCUGAGCCGCUUCUGGUGCGAGUGUUGGGUUCCCGUACACUGGAAUGGUUGCCGCAAAAUCUGACGAUGGUGCCGUGGUCGUCCACUGACAGCCUGGACCAUGGUGACAUGGAAACCCUGGUGCCUGAAGGUCUGAAGGUGACCAACAUCGGCACCCAGGAGUUCACGGUCACGUGGCACUACGAGUCGACGCGUCCAGUGCACGGCUACAGGGUCUGCAUAUCCAACGACGAUGGCUUUAGCAAAUGCCUCGAUACUAACCGCGAGUGGCUGACGUUCGACCAGCUGCAGCCAGCCACGGAGUACGAGGUACGCGUGCAGCCUGGUGCCGGCCGUCCGCUGCGCGUCACCACGCAGCCACUCGUGUCAGGCCGCUUCAAAGAGGUAUCCUGCAAGUUCGUGAACUCGACCACACUGCUGGUGUCGUGGAACGCGGACAGUCCCAAGUUCACAGUGUCUUACACCACCAAGAAGCACACGGCGCUUGAAGAGUGGGAUGCGCUUGAUACCACCCAUAACAGCGUCUUAAUCAACGGCAUCGAUAGAUCCACGGAUACAAUUUUAAAAGUGAUAGCGUACGAUCCUGAAGAGAGCAGCAACCUAAUCCCCUGCCAUGCUGCCAAAAUAAAAGAUCUGCAUUACACGUUCGUCCCAUCCGGGAUCCGUGUGUCGUGGAACGGCACCGGUACACAGACUGUACGAUACUCGCAGAACCUCACACUGUUCUUGGAGCAGUGGUCCAGCUUCAAUGUAACUGACAAUUCUAUUCUGUUGAGCAACUUGGACCCCUCGUUGCCCACGUACGUGAUGGUGAAGAGCCCGGACACCAACCAGAACAGCCAAGUGCUGACCAUACCGGUCAGACCGAUCGUCAAGUCUAACUCCUCUUUUUAUAUAGGAAUAGGCGUGGCUAGCGGUAUGUGUGUGCUGUGUUUACUGGUUCUGACCGCCGUGUGCGUGUGGCGGCGGAGAAAGAACAUCAGAUCUCCUCACAGGCCCCGCCGGAGGAACACGUCAUUAAAUGAAGGGGAUGAGGAGGAAGCCUCAGAAAUGAAGAACGUGGGCGUGGGCCUGGCGAACGGCGGUGGCUCCAAGGACGCUGGGGAACCACUCCUCAACGGCCACGUGCACAUCACAGAGAAUCCGCAAUCAAAGACACCAAACGGGAAGAUGAGGAAAGGGCGUCUGUACGUGGACGCGUUCGACUUAUCCCGAUACGAAGACCAGGACACAACCCUGGAGACCGUCCUCGACGGCGACACGUCCACCUCCACCGCGUACAACCUGCUGGACACCUCCCGGAGACCCGAGUACGACAUGUCGCUCUCGUCCCGGGACAUCAGCGCCAACAACUCCUUCAAUAAACUACCCGAUGACAAUAUGAACUCAGAAUUGACUAGGAGUACAGAUUUCGAAUCGGACAACAGCAAAAUUCAACCUACGCUCCAACCGAACGGUUGAAACCGGUAUACUUGCCGGUACAAGAACAACACAAGGGGUAGGCGGCCCCUGAAACCGGUAUACCGGUUUCACGCGUCAAUUUCAACGGUUGAUACGUAUAUUAUAAGUACUGAGAGAAUUGAGAUUUUGUACAGAAAACAUUGUAAUAGAUUCUUAUUAGACGGAGCUAAAUGGAUAUACAAGUACAAUAGGGAAGAUAGAAGGGACUACUUAAUGUUGUUAUAGUUCAUAUUGAGGCUUCACUCUGGCAGGUGCGGGUUUGUGCGAGGAUAGCUUGGCGUGUAAUGUUCCUAAUAUAGACUUUAUUUUUAAUGACGUAAGGCUGAUUUUUCGUAUAUAACAUUACGGGUACACAAUAAUUUAAGUGAAAAUCAGGUCGAAAAUAACUCUUGUUACAAACGCACGUGAAGUUAUUCUCGCUUGAACUGCCAGUGGCUAGUAACCGGCCCUUCACCGAUCACCGACACGUGACAGUCACACCAUCCCUCUACCAUUAGAUAUUGUUAUACUUAAAUGUAUUGUAAAUAGUUAUUAUAUUGCUCGUUUUGGGCGAAGCACUCUCGUAUAGGUGUAGUUAUUCAUUGAAAUCGGCCUGACAAGCGUCAAGACAAUAACGCGGUAAUGGCGCGAAAAUUUAUAACCUCAAAUAUUUUGUUUUUUUGCGUGAAGCGGACUUUACGCGCUAACAAAAUAAUUGUGUGUGUAUAUAUGAGUGUUUUUACAUUAAAUUACAGUGCCUCCUUAUAGUACAUACCGUUUCGGAUAACAAUAGGUACUAAAACGAGAUACAAAUACUUUCACCAUUAGUGCAACGCAAUCGUACAAAAUAGAGACCAAAAUGUAAUCCAAACACCCAUAAAUUCACGUUUACAUAACAUGAUAGUAUUUAUUGAUGUUAUAAAGUAUUUAUUUUUUUCUGUGUUUUUUUUUUUCAUAGACAGUUCUUAGACAAAGCCUCAGAAGCUAUCUGUUACCUUCACAAUUACAUUCCAGUUUAUAACGUGACAUCACAACAACGUACCUAUCUUUACAACGCACAGUUUUUAUUUUAUAUA